UGAAACCGCCCAAAGUCGGCUGGGCAACAAAACAAACAAAACCCAACCCUUCAAACACUGAACUUUAGGGUUUAAGCCACGGACUCAACCCGAGGCGCUUCUUUCUCUCUUCUUGGUCCUUAGUCUUCGAGAGCUCUUCUCCUGUUGAAAAUCAAUGGCUUCGUCCAUAGCCGCCCAGUUAGAAACAAUUAAGUCGCUGGUACAGGGAGAGUCGCAGCCGCUCAAGAGGCCCUUCAUUCGGCCGUCCAUUCUCUUCGAUCCCAAGGAAGCUGCCGACAUUGAUGUCGACACCGUACUGGCCAUUGCGUUGCAAGGUCUUGAGGUUCUUAUAAGCACAGAUGAACGUUUUAGAAACUACAAGAAUGAUUUGUUUAGCCAUAAAAGCAGAGAAUUGGAUAGAGAGUUGAUGGGCAUAGAGGAAAACAAUCGUAUUAACGCCUCAAUUAGUUCGUACUUACGGUUAUUAUCAGGUCAUUUUCAACUUCCUUCAUCGCUAAAGACGCUUGAAUAUUUGAUACGCAGAUACAAGGUUCACGUUUACAAUUUUGAGGAAUUGAUUUUAUGUGCUUUGCCAUACCAUGACACCCAUACAUUUGUCCGAAUAGUGCAGUUAAUUGACGCGAGAAAUAGCAAAUGGAAGUUUCUUGAUGGUGUGAAAACCUCGGGUGCACCACCACCUAGAAAGGUUUUAGUGCAGCAAUGUAUUCGGGAUAAGGGGGUUUUGGAGGCUUUAUGCAACUAUGUGUCUCCAACUAAGAAGUAUCUGCCUUCAAGGUUCGCGAUCCGCUUUUGCACAGCAGUUGUUGUCGAGGCUUUGGGUUCUGUUACAACUCUUGAUGAUGAUAUUGUAAAGAGAAUCCUUCCAUUUGUAAUUUCUGGACUUCAGCCUGGCUCAAAAGGAGGGUCAGAUCACAAGGCUGGUGCUUUAAUGAUUGUUGGUUUGCUGGCAAAUAAAGUUGCUUUGUCCCCAAAACUUGUCAAGAGUUUGAUUCGUUCAAUUGCUGAGAUUGCUCGGGAGGAUGCUAAAGAUUUGACUGAUUUGCAAUGGCUUCGGUUGUCACUUAUGGCUUUAAGCAACCUUGUUCAGAUGCAAUCUGUCGAUAUGUUCCCAAAGAAGGCGUUGGAGGCUUUGAAGGAUAUUAGGGAUUUAGCUUUGAUGCUUAUGGAACUGUCUAAGGAGUUCAAUAUUGAUAGAUUCCUUUCCAUGCUUUUGGAAGCCCUGGUUGACUGCAGUUCGUCUGAUGAAUUGUGCCAUCUUGCUUUGGUUUCAAUAAUAGAGACAGUUCCUGUGAAAGAUUUAGUUUUCCAUGUGGUUAGUAAGGUGCUAAAAUCCUGCAUGAAAUUGUCGCAAAAAAUUGGUGAUUCAGCGGCAUCUGAAUCUGGAAAGUGGGCAAAGAAAAUUUUGGUGGUUGUUAAUAAGCAUUAUCCAUCUGAACUACCUGGAGCAGUUCGCAAAUUCCUUGAGGAUAAUAUAGCACCAUCUAAGGGGGAAUCGACAUUUGAGAUACUGGGAAAGGUGCUAGAUACAAAUUUGGAUAUGUCACAUGGUAUAUCAGAUUCAAGCAUUUGGUUUGCAUUACAUCAUCCAAAGGCUGUUGUCCGAUGUGCUACACUUUCGGGUUUAAACUCUGGCAUUUUGAAAGCCAAGGCUGUUGAUUCACAGAGUCUUGUAACUAUUAAGGAUGCCAUAUUAUGGCAGCUUCACGAUGAUGAUCUAACUGUGGUUAAGGCAGCUCUAUCUGUAGAUGGAUUGUCUGAUAUCAUAAGUUCCUCUGAUCUUCUCAAAGAAUUGCAUCACGUGCUUAAGAGAUGUAUUGGCAUUCUAAUUUCAAGUUCAUCAGAUAAAACUAGCCUAGCUGCUGAAGUUGCUGUCGCAUGCCUCAAGAAUGCCAACCCAAACUUUCCUCAUGAUGAUGAUUAUCUGGGGACAUUUUCUGCCAUGCUGUUUCCUUUGCUCUUAAUUCUACCAAAGACACAGGGGUUAAAUUUUAAGGCUUUGCAAUUAGCCAAAGAAGUAAAGUGGCCACUUUACCAGAAUCUUGUUGGUGCCUCCAGCACAGAAACGACAUUCCAACCUGGAAAUAUUUCUUCAAUUAACAUGAAGACAGUUACUAGUUUGGCAGACACUUUUUUGAUGCACCCUGAAGAAUAUAUGGCUUGGCUCAUCAAGAGUUGUGAUGAUUUUGAGUUGUCGAAGACGCUCUUCUUUUUUAUGCUGAUGCAGUCAUUUAUGAUGCAAAAUAAAAGUGGUCAGUUUUCAGUGCUCUUUGAAGUUGGCUAUCCAGUUCUGAGAAAAGAGUGGGAAGCACUGGAGUCUGCCGGUGAUGUUUCUGUGGAAGAGUUCAAUUCUGAAAUGCUCAAUUGGGAUUGCAAAAGAUUCUUAGAACAGCUGUUUGAUGCUAAUCUUAGAGCAUUAAAUACAAAUAUCCUGAUUUGCAUAUUUUGGAGGUUACUGGAGGCAUUGAUAUUAGCCGUACCUGGAGAUGUUAUGUUGGAUGUUAAUGACAAAUGGGUUAGCAGGCUUCAAGAUUUGUUCAUUUUUUUCGCCACUUCUCAGUUUAAGCAUGUUUUCAAGGAACACAUUCAUCACCUCGUCACAAGGUGCAAGGCACCUCCUGCCCGUUUUCUGUCUAGAUUUUUUACAGAAGAAGGUGUUCCUGUUGGAGUCACAGUUGAGAGUCUCCAGUGUUUUGCGUUUCUUUGUUUCCAUUCAGAAGAUAGAUUGUCAAUUCAACUUCUAGCUGAAUUUUCUUCAGUUCUCAUCCCAUUGACUAGUGAUAACCAGGAUAUUAAGAUUGCUGCAAUGAACUGCAUUGAAGGACUAUAUGCACUGUGGGCUCAUGUGGACUUUUCCAGCAAGAAAAAUGGGAACACUGCAAUUUGGAGUCAUUUUCUUGGUGAAUUGUUGGGCUUGAUUGUUCAGCAAAAAAGGCUUAUAUUAUCGGACAAACAAUUUUUGCCUUCAUUGUUGGAAUCCUUGCUCAGCUUAUCUUGCAGUAGCCUUCUAGUGCCACAAAAUAUUCAACAGAGGUUUGAUCAAUCUACAAAGGAAAAGAUUCUUGCCUUUAUUUUGGGUUCUGCUCUAAAGCUUUCUGAUUAUGGGAAGCUAAGGAUUCUAUCUUUGCUAAAAGGAAUGGGCAGAGCCAUUUUGAAUGUUAAGGAUGUUGAGUCAUUUUUAUCUUUACUUUUGGAAAGACGCAGUCAAUAUUACUUUGAACUGGAUAAGUCAUGCCAGAAAUUGUCGAAAAUUGAAAUUGAGAUUCUAUGCCUUCUGCUGGAGAGCUCUGCUACCCCCUCUUUAUUUGAUGGAGAUGCUUUCGAAGGUCAUUUAUUGAAGGCUUUACAAUUGGACAGUAUGGCUUCAGAAGACCCAGCUGUUAUACAGCCCUGUGUCACUGUUCUAAAAAUGCUCAGUAGACAUCUUUAUAGUGGGUUGAAGAAGGAUUUACAGGAGCUUCUAUUUUAUCAACUUGUGCUGUUAUUUCGGAAUGCUAAUGGUGAUGUACAAAAUGCAACCAGAGAGGCCUUGCUGCGCUUAAAUAUAUCUUGCUCCAGUGUUGGCUGGAUGCUUGAUAUUAUACUCAAGCGGGAAAGUCUGAUAAUUAGUUCGUUGUAUGGCAAGAAGAAAAAGAAACUAAAUGUGCAUUGUAGAUCAAGCCUGCCUCAUAAUGUGAUAUGUAAAGGAGAAGAUGCACUCUCUAUGCUUAGCUCUGUCUUUGAUGUUUUGCUAGUGAAGAAAGACAUGGCAAACAGGGAUUCUCUUAUAGCACCCUUAUUUAAUCUUCUUGGCAAAGUUUUCUCAGAUGAGUGGAUACAUGGCAUUCUUGCACAUGAUGAAAAGUUGAUCCAUGUAUCACCCAGCGUUUCUCAGACCAUGUCUAGCACCAUAUGUUACAUUCAGCAGACACUUCUAAAAAUCCUGGAAGAUAUAUGUGCUUCACUCGUUGCUGUUCCAGUUAAGGAUGACAUAAUAAAUGAAAUCAACAUCAAAUUGUUGGUCGAGUGUGCCCAUUCUGCAAAGGAUGCAGCCACCCGCAACCAUGUAUUUUCAUUAAUUUCCUCUGUUGCGAAGGUCAUCCCUGAAAAGGUGUUGGACCAUAUACUAGAUAUUCUUACUAUCAUUGGAGAAUCAGCGGUCUCACAGACUGACAGUCAUUCGCAGCAUGUCUUUGAGGAUCUUAUAUCUGCAGUCGUUCCCUUUUGGCUGUCUAAGACACACAAUGUGGACAAAUUACUUCAAGUUUUUAUGAAGGUGUUGCCUGAAGUUGCUGAGCACAGAAGGCUGUCAAUUGUUGUAUACUUAUUAAGGUCUCUGGGAGAACAAUGUAGCUUGGCGUCAUUGGUUGUUCUUCUAUUCCGUUCUUUGGUUUCAAGGAAAGGAUUAUCUUGCCUUAAAAUUUUGUGCGAUUCAGAUAGUUUCACAUCGUCGAUGCAUAGAGAGUGGGAGUAUGUCUUUGUGGUGCAAAUAUGUGAGCAAUAUUCGUGCCUGAUUUGGCUUCCUGCUCUUGUUAUGCUGCUUCAACGAAUAAGGAAAGGUAAUUUGUGCCAAGAGCUUUUUAUGGAAUUGCUGUUGGCAUUGCAGUUCACUUUACACAAAAUGCAAGAUCCAGAAUUUGCAUUCAAGCUUCAAUCCGGGGAAGAUUCAGAUGGCAUUCAGGGAACGCUUGUAGAACUCAUGGAACAGGUUGUUUCUCUCUUCCAAGUAGUGGAUGCAAGUAGGAAGCAAAAAAGUAUUCCUGUUGUUGUCAGGAAAGAAUUGGCGGAGUGUAUGCAUGCUGUAUUGAGGCAUAUUACCAUGGAUAUGAUUCCUUCAGCAUACUUCAAAGGCAUCAUCAAGUUACUUGGCCAGGCAGAUGGAAAUGUGAAAAAGAAGGCUCUUGGGCUUCUAUGUGAAACAAUUAGGGAGCAUGACACAGUUAAAUCUAACCGUAAGAAUAGAAAGGGUUUCAAUCCACACUUGCGUAGUAAUUGGCUUCAUAUGGAUGAAACUGCUCUUGGAUUGUUUGAGAAGAUGUCUUUGGAAAUUAUUUCGAUGGUGGAUGAAUCAAUAGAUGAUUCAAGUACUUCCUUGAAACUGGCAGCAGUUUCGGCACUAGAAGUUUUGGCCAGCAGGUUUCCUUCUAACUAUUCCAUCUUUUGCAAGUCCCUUGCAUCUGUCACUGAAGGUAUUACUUCACACAACUUGGCCAUAUCUUCUAGCUGCCUUCGUACAACUGGUAGUUUGAUCAAUGUGCUUGGGCCAAGGUCACUAGCUGAGCUUCCUCGCAUAAUGAACAAUGUGAUAAAGAUUUCUGGCAGAGUCUCUUCAUGUUCAGAUCUAAAGACAAAAUAUGGUGAUGAGAAACCUCUUGCUGCAGUAACGACUUCCAAGGAAUCUCUUUUUAUGUCUGUUCUUGUCACAUUGGAGGCAGUUGUAAACAUGCUGGGUGGCUUUUUAAACCCAUAUCUUGGAGAUAUUAUAGAAAUUUUGGUGCUUCAUCCUGAAUAUGUAUCAGGUACAGAUCUAAAGUUGAAAUUGAAAGCUGAUGUUGUCCGAAAACUCCUUACUGAGAAAAUCCCGGUGCGACUUUCUCUUCCACCUUUGCUAGAAAUAUACUCUAGUGCUGUUCAGUGUGGAGAUUCAAGCUUAGCAAUUGCUUUUGAAAUGCUAGCGAACUUAGUUGGUACAAUGGAUAGAUCAUCUGUUUAUGGUUACCAUACAAACAUUUUUGACCUUUGCUUGCGUGCUCUUGAUCUACGCUGUCAACACCCAGUUUCGGUUCAGAAUAUUGAUGUUGUAGAAAAAAGUGUCAUCAAUGCAAUGAUUGCUCUGAGUAUGAAACUCACUGAGACCAUGUUCAAGCCUCUUUUUGUUAGGAGUAUUGAGUGGGCAGACUCAGAUCUGGAAGAGACUGCAAGUACAGGAAGCUCAAAUAUGGAUAGGGCUAUAGCAUUUUAUAGCCUGGUGAACAAACUUGCAGAAAACCAUCGAUCCUUAUUUGUUCCUUACUUUAAAUAUUUGCUUGAGGGUUGUGUACGUCAUCUUACUGAUGCUGGAGAUGCAAAAACUUCUGGUUUGAAGCAAAAGAAAAAGAAGGCCAAGAUUCAGGAAGCAGGCAACAUAAAAGAGGAUAACAGUGUUUUAUCACUACGAAGCUGGCAUCUCAGGGCAUUGGUUAUAUCAUCGUUACAUAAAUGCUUUCUCUAUGAUACUGGGAGCCUGAAGUUUCUUGAUUCCUCAAAUUUUCAGGUUCUGUUGAAACCCAUUGUUUCACAGUUUGUCAUACAGCCACCGACUUCUCUUGAAGAGAAUCCAAACAUACCAUCCAUGAAGGAGGUUGAUGACUUGCUGGUUGUUUGCAUUGGCCAGAUGGCUGUUACUGCAGGAACUGACCUUUUGUGGAAACCCUUGAACCAUGAGGUUUUGAUGCAAACUCGUUCUGACAAGGUGCGUGCUCGAAUUUUGGGCCUGAGAGUUGUUAAAUAUCUUGUGGAGAAUUUGAAAGAAGAAUAUCUAGUAUUCUUGGCUGAAACCAUCCCCUUCCUUGGUGAAUUGCUUGAGGAUGUGGAGAUAUCCGUUAAAUCUCUUGCACAAGAGAUUCUGAAGGAAAUGGAGUCCAUGAGUGGUGAAAGCCUUCGCCAAUAUCUUUGACUGUGAUUGCCGCAGAUGUGGGCUCUCGCGGGCCUUGUUUUUGGUAGAUCUUUUCUAGGGAAGCUGUAAAUUAAUUAUAGGUUUUCAAUUUUUGGAGGGCUUUGGGCCACAAACAAGCUCAAGCUCAAGCUCGGUUGGAGCAUGCUGAGAAAAUUUAAUAUUUUUUUUUCUUCUGGAGAGGUGUCAUGGCUUUAAGGCUCUGUAAUGGAAUUAUUGUGUAAGCAAUUAUCUCAAUGUAUACGUCUUUCAGUUCUAUAAAUGCUGUUUUUUCUUA